AUGCCUUAUAAACGAUUUUUGACGCAAAGACAAUUAGAAGAGGAAUUGGAAAGUGUUGUUUUUGAGCUGGAAAAUGAUAAUAAUGUUGUACUGGAUGCAGUUUAUAUACCUCCAGACACCGAUGCUUUGACAGAUGAAGAAGAUAUAGAUGAUGAGAAUAUAUUGGCGGAAACGGCAAAGCCAAACGAUAUUGUCGGUACUUUCGAACUUCACAUCCCUAGCUCUUCCAAUUCUGUAGAUGUCGAUCAAAAUGUACGAAAACAAUACGAUUGGGACUCUUCUGAUGAAGAAACUUUAGAAACCAAAAAACGAAAAAUUACUGCUUCAGUUUCCCGUAAUACUGUUCUUGCACCGCAGUGGCUCAAAGGAGAAAUAGAAUAUACACACUCUCCAAUAUCAACUGAACAUCAAGACAAAGAAAACGUAGCUGUAGCUGUAGGUGGUAAGACACCUUUAGAAGUGUUCUUUUUAUUUUUUGACGAAGAAGUGACAGACUUAGUUUUGAGAUAUUCACAUAAAUAUGCUGCAGAUAAUAAUAGACAUGACUUCAUAGUCUCUAAGGAAGAAUUGUUAAAUUUUAUAGGAAUAAUGUAUCUUUCCGGAUAUCACACUUUACCACAAACUUCAAUGUACUGGUCCACUGAGGAAGACAAAGGUGUGGGCAUAGUGAAAAAUUGCAUGAGUAGAAACAGGUUUUAUAGUAUAAAACGAAAUUUGCAUCUGUCUGACAAUGAACAAUUAGACAAAAAUGAUAAGUUCUCCAAAAUAAGGCCUUUUGUGGACAUAAUCAAUAGAAAAAACUUGCAAUGGGGAAUUUUCAAUUUUCAUUUAUCAAUUGAUGAACAAAUGGUGCCAUAUUUUGGAAGGCAUUCUUGUAAAAUGUUCAUCAAAGGCAAGCCGUAUUCAGUGCUCAAGUCAACUCUCAAGCCAAGGAAAUCAGAAACCAUGGAAUGUAACGAUAUCAAGAAGUUCUUGGAAGAAGCCCCGGACGGUGAGUUUUUGUUGAUUAAAACGGCACUUAUUAUUGGAAUCGCGGGUGCAUGCAGGUGUGAUGAGUUGACGAAUUUGAAUGUGGAGAAUAUUAGAGACAACGAUUCUUACUUGUAUGUCAUGAUACCCGAUACGAAGUCCAAGAAACCACAAAGUUUUACUGUAAUGCCGGAAGGAUUUCCUGUCAAUCCUGUGGAAUUGUGCAGAAAUUAA